AUGGCUCUACUACCAGUAAGCAGCUUCCCCGGUUGCGUGUUCAUCGAGGCUCGAAUGCUUGGCCAACCGGCUGCCAUCGUGUCACAAAUCGGCCUUUCUAUUGAUGCGCCAGAAUGCAGUGUGGCCGUAUUCUUUAUUUUUGAUCAUCUAUUUUAA